AUGUAUGAGACAUGCCCCGACCUCUACGUCUUCAACAUCACUUCAUAUCACUUUGCCCUAUUUAAGACCUUGAGUUCGCAGAUGAGGAUGUCUUUUCAGUAUGGGGGCCCUGGACGGUGGGGUUAUCACUUGGACCGCGACUAUUUGUUCACGGGAGAGUAUGCCCGCACAAUGUUUGUGAGAACGAUCGGAUGUAUUCCGGAUUUGCAAAGUUCCGUUCGGAUGUCCAUCGGAAGCGAGCGAGAACUAUAA